AUGUCCUCCGAUGAGCUGCCGCGCAGCGCAGGUGUAAAACACCCCUUGCAUGUACUGUCGGCCGAUGAAAUUCGAGUGGCCGCCGCGGCUGUUAGACGCGCGCGUACAGGUCAGCUUGUUUUUCGAAACAUCUUCAACCUCGAGCCCCCCAAAGCCCAGCUUCUCCCUUUUCUCGACGCAGAGCACGCCAGCACCGUCGGUGCAGACACUCCACGGCCUGCUCGUCGUGCCCGUGUCCAGUACGACGUCAUUGAGCACGAUGGGGGCCGACUUUACAUGGAAUCCACGGUGGACCUGGCCACGGGCCAGGAGGUGGACGAACGGUGCCUUCACACACAUCAGCGAGCCUCCUUCACCGUCGACGAGUUCCAAGCCUUCAUCGACAAUGCCCUUGCUGACCCCGUCUUCCAGCGCCUCGUUGCAGAGAUGGAACUCCCGACUGGCUGGGAGGUGGCCAUUGACCCCUGGCCAUAUGGAGGUUCCGACUUUGGAGACGACUACACCACUCGCCUGACACAGCUCUUCUGCUUUGCUCGAGACAUGACCAAGGGGAACCGUGAUGUCAAUCACUACGCCUUCCCACUCCCGAUCUGCGCCGUCAUGGACACAGCCACCAGGCAACUUGUUCGCGUAGAACGCCUCCCGACCGGAGGACACGGUGAUGUCGACGACUUUGUUUUGAAAACUAUUGGACACGGCUCUCCUGCCCCCAAGAAGCCCACAGAGCAUUGCCAGCACGCAGAUUACGUACCAGAGAUGCUCAACCAGCCCGUGCGCCCCGACUUGAAGCCUCUCAACGUUUUGCAGCCAGACGGCACCUCCUUCACCGUGACGGACAACAGCCUGGUCGAGUGGCAGAAGUGGCGGCUGCGUGUCUCCUUCACGCCUCGCGAGUGCGCAGUCCUCCACGACAUCUACUACGACAACCGCAGUGUCGUGCAUCGGCUGUCCUUCAGCGAGCUGACGGUGCCUUACUGCGAUCCCCGGCCCCCCUAUCACCGUAAACAGGCCUUUGACUAUGGCGACGCCGGGGCGGGCAGGACUUCCAACGUGCUUAGCAAGGGCUGCGAUUGUCUGGGCGCAAUUCAAUAUCUGGAUGCCACCCUUGUCACGCCCAGCGGAGAGCCUGAUGUUUCCCCCAACGCCAUUUGCAUACAUGAAGUUGACGACGGCAUCCUGUGGAAACACACCAACCUGAUGACCGGCCGUGCUGUCGUUGUGCGAAACCGCAAGCUGGUCAUCCAAUACAUCAUCACGCUAGGAAACUACGAGUACAUAUUUGCCUAUCACCUCGACUUGGCCGGAGGUAUCCAUCUCGAGACGCGCCCCACGGGAAUCAUGUCGCCCGUAGGCAUUGACGAGGGCAAGACCUCACCGUACGGCACUGUCGUAGGGCCCGGCGUCUUGGCCCAGAACCACCAACACAUUUUUGCUGUGCGCAUCGACCCGGCCGUUGACGGGCAUGACAAUACCGUCACGGUGCAGGAUUCCGUACCUCUGCCCAUGGAGCCGACAAGGAAUCCGUACGGCAAUGGCUAUCGGGUGCAGUCCACGACCAUCACCAAGUCCACGUACAUUGACGCGUCCCCGUUGACCAACCGCGUCGUCAAGAUAUGCAACCCGUCCAAGAAGAAUCCCGUCUCUGGCCGCCCAGUGUCGUACGAAUUCACUCCGGCGCCUACGCAGCUGCUCAUGGCGGAUCCGGCAUCCGACAUUGCCCGCCGCGCCAAGUACGCCAGACACCACGUCUGGGUGACCCGACACGCAGACUAUGAGUUCUGGGCCGGCGGGGAGUUCACCAACAUGUCGCGCGAGGAGGAGGGGGGCUGUCACGACGCGGCGGCCCGCGACGACGACGUUGAGAACGCCGAUGUUGUCGUCUGGGCUGUUUUCGGCUUCACUCACUCUCCUCGCGUGGAGGACUGGCCGGUGAUGCCCGUGGAGCGCCGCGAACUGCACUUGCGGCCGGUGGAUUUUUUCAGCGCCAACCCGGCCCUGGAUGUGCCCAGUCGGAGAGACGCGCGGUCUGUUCUGGUCGACGGCGAGUGCUGCGCGGAUGGUGCUUGA